AUGAGGCUGAAGAAAAUGCAGAUGCACAUGACUCUCUAUUGGGGAAAAGAUGCCAUAGUACUUUUCCCUGGCUGGCCUAACGAAAGUGUUGGCAUGUAUAUUUUAGCUUUCUGUUUUGUGUUUUUCCUUGCUUUGGUUGUGGAGUUUUUGCCUAACAAACCCACCAUCAAGCAAGGGACAAAUCACAUUAAGGGAGGGUUGAUUCAAGCUACUAUUUACUUUUUUCGUAUCAGUUUUCUUUACUUGGUUAUGCUUGCUGUUAUGUCUUUCAAUAUAGGAAUCUUCAUUGCUGCUGUUGCUGGUCAUACUUUGGGAUUCUUUUUAGUUAAGUCCCAUGCUAUUUCUGCUGCCAACAAAGAACAAAAGCAUGAAUCCGCUGUGAGUAUUGAUGAAGUUUAG